GGGGCAGGUCGCGGCUCCCCCACCACCGCUCAUUAUCGCGCUCCGCCAAGGUCGGCCGUCGACGGCCCGACAGUCAGUUCCCGGCCAGCGCAGGCAGCGACCCGGACAGCCGGUCUCCCUGCCUCCGGAGUCCAGCGCCGAGAUGCUGAGGGCGGAGAGAAGCGACGCCGGCUGCCAGGUGCUGGGACCCCUGCUCAGGCUCUACGUGUACGGGCUUCACGGCUACUUCGUCGAGGUCAUGUUCACCGCCGGGUGGGAGUUCGCGGUCAGCAACAACUGGAAGUUGCCAGGCUGCUCGAGCGUCUGGUCACUGGCCAUCUACGGCAUCUCGGGCCUCGCGAUGGAGCAGAUCCACUCUGCGUGCCACCGGUCCGGCGUGCCUCUGCUCGCGCGAGGGGUCGCCUACUUGGCCUGGGUGUACCUGUGGGAGUUCUCGACGGGGCUGCUGCUGCGUCACUUCGGCGCCUGUCCCUGGGACUACACCGCCUUCGACUACAACAUCCACGGCCUCAUCACGCUCGAGUACGCUCCGCUCUGGUUCUUCAUCGCCCUCGUGCAGGAGAAGUUGGUGCUCGCUCACCUGCAGAGGCUUCGUUGGACGAGUGGCGAGCAGGCCGCGCCGACCAACGGCUCCGUUCACAAACACAAACCAUCGUAACAGGAUACUGCACUGCACAGGACAAACCACGUGUCUAGUUUCAGUGGAACUAUCAGCCAUUACCUGUUGGCAUUGCUGAUUUGUAGGACGAACUCAAGCUUAAGUGCUUAUUUGACUAGUGGUAUUAGCUGUUAUGCAGUGAUGUACAUCAGAUGUAUAAUAAAUUACAAUGUGUUUACUUUUA